GAUAACAUUAUUUAGAUAAGCCGGUGCCGUCGUGCAGAAAUAAACAAACCAUUCUAAACAAAAUAAUUCGUUAUUUUUUAUCAAUGGCACUCUGAAAAUGUCGUUGUCCUGGAAAGUUGUCCUGCCUGUGGGCUUUGUAUUGUACUCGUUGCCUCUGUUUCUGCGGGUAAACGGCACAGCCGAGUACAUAAUCGAUGAAGAAUUUCACAUCCCACAGGGCUUGGCCUUCUGUCGCAAACAAUUCGAUGUGUGGGAUUCCAAGAUUACCACCUUUCCGGGCUUAUAUCUAAUUGCGCUAGUGCUGCAGCCGAUCAACUGUUGCACAGUCACGGGUCUCCGUCUGCUUAGCCUAAUCGGUGCUGGUAUCAACAUUCUCUUGCUCUACAAAAUACGCCGUCGAACGCUGGCAGGCAUAGGAGGCAAUGCUUAUGCAGCGCAUGAGGCAAUUACAAUGUCGGUGCUGCCUCCACUAUACUUUUUCAGCCAUUUGUACUAUACUGACACGUUGGCUUUGACUAUGGUCUUGUUGUUCUACAACUAUUGGCAACAAGAAGCGCAUCUGCCAGCUGCUGUUUGUGGUGCUGCGAGUGUGCUCAUGCGCCAGACCAACAUCGUCUGGGUAUGCAUGUGCUGUGGCAUGACUAUUUUAGACACCGUUGUGCAGCAGGGCAAAAACUCUUGCCCGGCCAAUGAACGAUCGAUACGCCUAUUUGGCAGCGAGCUUUGGCUACAGGUGCUAGGCAGCCCCCAACUGAUAUGCAAUAUCAUUUUAAGUAUUUUGGCCAAAUGCUGCUUCUACGCCUCUAUUAUUUUACCCUUCAUUGGCUUCAUCUGCAUCAAUGGAUCCAUUGUUGUAGGCGACAAGAGCGCUCAUGAAGCUACUCUACAUUUGCCGCAGUUAUUUUAUUUUGCCGUUUUUGCCGUUGGUUUCGGUAUCUCCAACACGCUGCGGCAAUUGCGACUGGCAUUGACACUGCUGCGACGUCAUUUAGUGCUCUCCUUGCUGGCCACAUUGCUCAUAGCUACGAUUGUGCAUUACAAUACUGUGGUUCAUCCCUAUUUGCUAGCUGACAAUCGUCACUACACCUUCUACGUGUGGAGUCGCUUGUACGGCCGCUUCUGGUGGUUCCGCUAUGCGAUGGCGCCAGCUUAUCUACUUGCUGUGACCCUGCUAUGUUGUGGGCUAAGGCACAUGUCGGAUAGCUUUAAGCUGAUGUUUCCGCUGGCUCUACUGUUGGUGUUGUGCUUCCAGCGUUUGCUCGAGGUGCGAUAUUUCUUGGUGCCAUAUAUAAUAUUUCGACUGCAUACACGACCCGCACGCAAGGGCUUUGCCGAGUGGCUAGAGCUGGGCGUAAAUUUACUCCUGAAUGUGGUUACGUUCUACGUGUACUUAACAAAAGAAUUUUAUUGGAAAAAUUACCGUACACCGCAGCGAAUCAUAUGGUAGAAAGUGAAACUGAUUUUAAU